AUGGAUGACUUAGUGGACAUUUGUAUGUUUGGACCUAAGGUAAUUGUCUCACGUUUAAGAUUCGCAACAACUGCAUAUACAGCCGCAUUGGCUAGGAAUGCGAAGGAGACUAUUACAGACAUUGCCACAACAGCAUCUGAUAUGAAGACUAUGGUUGAUACCACAAUGAUACAACAAAGUAAUUUCAUACAAUCUGUAGAACAUCUAACAUUGGCAUGGAAUAAUCUAACCUCAAGCAUGACCAAUUACACUUCUGAGAUCGACAAGAAAACAUUGAUCUUAACUAAUGUAGCCUCUACAUCUAAACACUUUUCUGUUAAAGCACCUUCUACAGUUUCUGAUUUCAUUCCUGACCAACAAGUGGGUACUAGACUCAACAAAGUACCAGGUUUUGCAUACAGAUCCAAUUUUGGAACAUUAACAUGCACUAUCGAUGGGAAUAUAGGAUUCUCUGCUUAA